CAAAAUGGCGCCGUGAAGGGAGGAAACUGACGAUGAACGUCUGUGACGUCAGCCGUGAUGGUUUGUGCAGCCAAUGAGCGACGUCCUGAGAUGGGACAACAUGGUCGGUGUUAUGCAGCAUUUUAGCUAAUCAGCCUGUUCAUUUAUAUGUGACGAGAUAAUACGCCAGGCUCUGAAGAGUUAAUUUACCAUCCCUGACAGAAAGAUUUGAAUUAUUUAUUGACAGGUUAAGACGGGGAUUCUGUUUUAUUUAUUUUGAAUACGCGCCGUAACUUUGAGAUGUUGGAAGUGAGUCGUACUAUUAGCCAAGUGGAAGCUAACUAACUAACUAAAUUAAUUAGUAAGCGAGCUAGCUUAAAUAUCUUGGGGGUCGAUGAAUAAAAUAUGAAGAAGUGGAACUGGCGAGAAAAGCAGAGACCCGACCGGCAGCCUGGAUGGAACAGACGGACGGAAAACGAACAAUGGUAUGGGGAUGAUGAUGAUGCAGGUCCUUCAUCUGCAACUUCUCAGAGGAGAUGUGAAAACCAGUCUACUACUUCAUCUUCUUCCUCCUCCGAAGCUCGCAGUGCUGCACCAGAGCUGCCGGGCUUUUACUUUGACCCAGAGAAAAACCGUUAUUUCCGCCUGUUGCCGGGACACAACAACUGUAACCCGCUGACCAGAGAGCAGUUGAAACAGAAAGAGAGGGAAGAACAGAGAAGCAAAAUGCUCCAAGAGGAUGACAAACCAAGGAAAAAAGCACCGAGAGCAGGCCUGAAUGCGUCGCUGUUGCUGCAGAAAAGACACCUCGGAUUGAUACCCGAGAACUCGUAUUGUAGGCUGGUCCAUGAGGUGAAGGUCAGCCAAAUGAAACGCUACCAACUUGAUAUCCAGAGCGAGGACAACAGCAGCUCACACACUGACAACUUCAGGAUCGUAGUGGGGGACUCAGCCUGUGAGCGCAUUUUCACUGUCAACGAUGUGUCUCAUGGCGGCUGCAAGUACGGUAUCAUGAACUUCAGCAGCACCAGCAAGGGCUCGCUCUCUGUGGAAAUGUGCGACAACCUUUAUUUCACCAACCGCAAGGUGAAUUCCAUCUGCUGGGCUUCAGUCAAUCACAAGGACUCUCACGUCUUGCUGUGUCUGGUGGGCGUGGCAGACACCCCUGGCUGUGUUAGUUUACUUCCUGCUUCCCUUUUCAGCAACUCGAACCCAGAUCAGCCGGGGAUGCUGUGCAGCUUUAAGAUAUCCACAGCCUGGUCCUGCGCUUGGUGUCUCAACCCGCAGGUAGAAAACACCUUCAGCACAGGUCUGUCUCGUAGGGUAAUAUUGAAAGAUGCAGAAACGGGUCGAACACAGACGUACAGCGUGGGCAGUGACGUCUUGGCUCAACAGUUUACGCUUCGAGCUCCUGUGCUCUUUAACGGCUGCCGAUCGGGUGAGAUCUUUAGCAUAGACCUGCGGCAGCGCGGCCGCAGGGAUCACAGCUGUAAAGCCAGCCGAUUCCAUCAGGAGUCGGCCAUCACUUCUGUGCGUAUUCUGCAGGAUGAAAACUACCUGCUGGCUGCAGACAUGCUGGGCCAGAUCAAGUUGUGGGAUGUGCGACUAACAAAGCCGGUGCAGCAGUAUAAAGGACACUACAAUGAACACGCCUACCUCCCCAUUCACGUCAACGAACCCGAAGGCCUCCUACUAGCAGUGGGUCAGGAUUGUUACACACGGAUGUGGAGCCUGAAGGACGGCCACCUCCUCAGGACCAUCCCGUCACCACACCCGGCCGCAAAUGACACGAUCCCAAGCGUAGUAUUUUCCUCGAACCUGGGUGGCUGCAGAGGCCUUCCAGGCCUGCUGAUGGCUGUCAAACAAGACCUGUACUACUUCCCAUACAACACUGAUUACACGGAAAUUGGCGAGCAGCACGUCAGCUCUUAAAUGACUGAAAAUGCUCCACUCAAGUAUCUAUUAUGU